AUGUCUUGCAUCCACUACAAGUUCUUCUCCAAGCUGGACUAUGAUACGGUCACCUUCAGUGGCUUCGACAUCUCCCUUUGCGACCUCAAGUGCAAGAUCAUGCGCAAGGAGAAGCUGAAGGCAGCCAACUGUGAUCUGCAGAUCAGCAAUGCCCAGACCAAAGAAGAAUACACAGAAGAUGCCCUGAUUCCUAAAAACUCAUUGGUAAUCGUUAAAAGAAUCCCUGCUGGAGGAGUUAAAGCUACCAGCAAAACAGAUGUUACAAGUCGAACUGAGCCAGUGAGCAGAACAUCAGAAGCAGUACGUAAAAACCCAAUCUUACCCUUUUUUUCUACUACCAACCUGGCUGAAGCCAGUGCUUCUGAAGAAGAUAAAAUAAAAGCCAUGAUGAUACAGUCUUUCCGUGAAUAUGAUCCAGUCCAUCCCAUGAAGAAGCCCUUGGCUACACCUCCACCAUCAUAUGUUUGCUUUCGGUGCGGAAAACCUGGCCACUAUAGAAAGGACUGCCCAAGAAAUGGGGACAGAAAUGUGGAGUCUGUUCCCAGACUGAAAAGGAGCACAGGAAUUCCAAGGAGUUUCCUGAUAGAGGUGAAAGAUCCCAACACAAAGGGUGCAAUGCUGACCAACACUGGAAAAUACGCAAUCCCCAUUAUUAAUGCGGAAGCUUAUGCUAGAGAAAAGAGGAAAAGGCCUCCAUCUUUACCAGAGGAGCCAUCCUCCUCCUCUUCUGAUGGUCCUGUUCCAGAUGAGCUGUUAUGUCUCAUUUGUAAAGACAUAAUGACCGACGCAGCUGUUCUUCCCUGCUGUGGAAGCAGUUAUUGUGACGAGUGUAAGUGUUAUUCCCAUGUUGUUAAUUGA